AUGCGUCCAGAGCUUUUGGAAGGAGCCUCCCCAGGUGCUGACGGCACUGUAAGUGAAACUGGCUGGUCCAAUGGUGUUAUAUUCAGGCACUAUCUUGAAAAUCAUUUUUUGAAAUUUGUGCCAGCCAGGGGUGACCAGAAGAUUCUUCUCAUUAUGGAUGGACACAAGUCCCAUGUUUCAGUUGGUCUUUCAGAGUGGGCUUGGCAAAAUGGCAUAGUGUUGUUUAUAUUACCAGCUCAUACCAGUCACUUGCUUCAGCCGAUGGAUGUAUCAUGUUAUGGCCCCUUUGAACGUAUAUACAAUGUACAGUGUCAUAAACUAAUGCGGGAGUCCUCUGCUACCAUAAACAGAUACAAUGUUUGUGAAGUUGGAUUCAAGGUUUACACAAAGGCUCUCUCACCUGACAACAUUAUUUCAGGGUUCAGGCGCACAGGAAUAUUCCCUUUGAAUGUAAAUUCUGUACCAAGAGAAUAUCUACUGCCAGCAGAAGUAUUCAAGGAUAACGCUAGCCAGGAGACAGUUGAGGGAGGGAUAAAUGUAAGUGAGGAGAAUAUUGAUACAGUUGAAGUUAGUGAUGGGUUAACAGUGGAAAUGUUUGAACAGAAGGAGAAAAGACUGAAACAUGUGAAGAGUGAAAAGAAAGUUAAACCCAGGAAAACCAUGAGCAAGAUAGUUUCAGGAAAGCAAAUUAACCAAGAUGUGUUGAAGAAAAUGUCUGAACAUGAACUAUCUCAAACAAAAAAACCCUCAGAAAAGAAAGAAAUUCCCAAGAAAACACAGCCUAUCAAGACCCAAACCAAGAAAACAUCAACCAACAUGUUAAGUGUAGACCCAGUGCCCGGGCCAUCACAUUAUAACUUGGUCAGUGACAGUGAAGAUUCUAACUCAGAAAUUGGAGAAGAGGAGCUUUGUUGUGUUUGUGGCCUGUUUACACCUGAGGCACUUUCAAGAUGUACAUCUCUCAGUUUUGUCAAGUGGGUCCAAUGUGAUGGACUACGAAAUGGUUACCCAUGCAAACACUGGGUACAUUUGUCAUUCUGUACAAAAGUAUGGGUCAUAAGGAGGGGAGACAAAUUCCUGUGUUCCCACUGUGAUAAUGAAGAGUAG